AUGUCUUCUGAGCCCCCCACCGCAUUGGCCGAAUUGAGAUUCCAUAACAUUGAUCGCAAUCCUUCUAUAUAUGCGACUCUCAAAUCCAUCCGAAAAGCAGCUUUGUCUAUACCAAAUCGCCUACGAUCGGUCCUUGCAGAUGCUGCCUUCGCCAAAGGCAUCUCCGAACAGUACAAUCUCCCGCUUCUUGCAAAUGAGCGCUGUGGAAGCUGGUAUAUCGACCCGUCUGACAAAGUUGGUAGUGCUUAUUUCAAAAGCACAGACGGUCAUCAUGGUCAGUGGGACUUCUCUCUUCGACGACUCAACCUUCAACUUAUCCCCAUUCUGGGAAACAGUGGUGGCGCAGUGGUGGUUGACUCUACCCGCCGAGGGAAGAGUCUUCCAGAUUCAUUCAGCAAAACAGUUCCGAUAUGGGUCGCUGUGAUCAAUAGGGCGUUGUUUCCUGAAUUGACACACGCCCACUGUCUUCAACAUCCACCGGCACCGGAUGACCUUGGCUUAUCGGAAGUCUCUCAAAUCGAAGGCAAGCUGGAUGGCUUUGUUCGAUCAUUCACGCAACUAGGGCUGAAUAUUCCUAUGCUGCGCACACAGCUGAAAUAUCCGAUUCGCAUCAUUUGGGAGAUCAACGGACGUUCCAGGAUCGAUUUCGAGGAUGAGGAGUACGAUUCGGAAGCAGAGUCAGUCACAUCAGCACUAGAGGGCAACCAAGCCAAUCGUCUUGUCUUAUGCUCUGCAUCUCAACGAGUACGAGGUGCUGAAGCAUCCGAAGGCGGAUACAUCCAAGGUGCCGGUGAUGACAGCGAGGGCUGGUCUCACGGGCUUACUGCACAGACAUUCUGGAAGCAUAGGGAGGAGUUGAUGCAAUCGCCCGAGGACGAACUCGAACCUCUGAUUGAGACUCUACUCCAGCGAGACAAGCAAGAAUCACGCAGCCACGUACCCGCCGUGAGGGCUUCAACAACAAGUCACCUAUACAUUGGAGCCGGCGUUUCUUGCAACACAGACGAAUACAGUCUAAUCGUGAACUGUCAAAAUGAUGGCCAACAUCCAACAGUCGAUCCCAGAGUACUUGACCUGAAAUGUCGAGCUAUGAAACUGGGAAGCAAAGAUCUUCGAGACCAGUUGCCAUUAUCGAGCAAGGUGAUUUCUGAACAACUACGAAAGGAUGCCGACAGUCGAGUGUUAGUUACAUGUUCCUCUGGCAAGGAUUUGAGUGUUGGGGUCGCUGUGGCAGUGCUGUGUCUCCAUUACGAUGAUCAAGGCAAGCUGCGGGAGCCUGGUGUCUCACCGACGAUGGACAAGAGCCUGGUCAAACAACGGCUUGCAUGGAUCACUCAUUCGAAACCUGAUGCCAAUCCCUCGCGAGCAACUCUGCAGGCGGUCAACUCGUUCUUGAUGCAUCGACCUGACUAA